AUGACAGCUACCAUUCAACAGACCAAUCGCACGCAGACAAUAAUAGAUAACAAUGGCACCUACGUGCCAGUCGAUAUUGGUUGUCCCUUUUUAACGCCAAGAGCAGCGCCCGCCACAAGCGUGCACGACUUACGACCGGAUGAUAUACGUAUCGUGGCUGGUAUAGGUGAUAGCGUGAUGGCGGCGUUUGCGGCCAAAGGUUUAGAAGAGAGAAGCUUUUUCAAUAUUAAAAACUUGUAUGAAAACAGAGGCAUCUCGUUCCCCAUGGGAGGUGACCCCGAUACCUACACUCUCCCCAACAUCAUCAACUACUACUCUCAUGAUUUGCUGGGCUCGUCUAAAGGAGAUCAUCUUAUCACUAUUUGCUUUGGCAAUCAGAUUUGUCCUCCGGGUCAAUAUCGCCCAAAAAUCGAUGUGCUGAAUGCUGCGCAAUCUGGCGCGCGCAGUGUUAAUCUAAACCAUGAAAUAGACUACUUAGAAGAUCAAUUAAACGACAUGUAUGAAAAGGGUACGGCGAAACCGACGGAUUGGAAGUUGUUGACGUUUUUUAUUGGAUCCAAUGAUAUUUGCCAUUCGUGUACGGAACCUACCUCCUUGCCCACACCCUUUGCGGCAAACGUUCUGGCUGCUAUUGAAAGAAUAAGAGCUACGAUGACAAAUAUACUCAUACAAGUCAUCGGGCUGAUGAGAGUUCAUGAUAUUGUGCUGGCUACUUCAAACUAUACAGACUAUUGUACGCCUAUUCCAAUGAGUGACUUUAUCGGCCAUGAUCAUGAAUGUGAAUGCUCCCAUAGUGAAUAUAACCGCACCAUCAUGUCCGACAUGUUUCCGAAAUACAACGACGCUUUGCAGAAUAUUGUGAAGCAAUACCAGGUGACAAAAGAUCCUAAUUUUGCUGUGGUGUUCCAACCUUUAUACAUCGACAUUAUGAGUUUUCCUAUUGAGGCCAUCAGGUAG